UUAUAGAGUACAAACUAAACAAAACGAUGUCGUUCAACAAAAGAGAAACGUGAUUCUGCUGUAUUGUGCAAGUAUAAAGAGGUCGUCUCUAGUCCAAAAAAACUUGAAUGGAGAAGAUAAUAAGAACGUGGCAAAUGGAAGUACAGAAAGCAAAGUAAUGGAGAAUGGUCGUCUUCUUUCAUUACCGCAACAUCGCCAAACACAACCCAUCUCCUUAUUCAUCUUCGUCCCUCAGCCCAAACCCAGUCCCAUUCACUUUCACCUCAUCACUUACCCUCAUCUUCGAUUCCCACUUAUCACCUCCACCACCAGGUCCCACAGGCGGGAUUUCAAUGCUGAGAAUUUCCCUCCUCAGAACUUUAACCGACAGGAUGAUGAAGAAGAAAACGACGGCGACGAAGAAGAAGACGGAAGCUUUUAUGGGAAGAAUUUGAAAAGGAAGAGGCGUUGGUGGUCGAAGAAACCCAAGCUGAAGAAAAAAUCUAGGAAUGUGUUCGACGAAGUUAUAGAAAGUGUCUGGAUACUCAAGGUAUUCAAAUCCUAUGGUUGGUUUUUUCCAGCCAUCGUUAUAUCCUUUCUUCUGGCCACUGGUCCAAAAGCUUUUCUUAUGUCAUUGGCAAUUCCCCUUCUGUUGUCAGUACUGUAUUUAGCAUUUGAUAAGUUAUGGGGGAUGACACAACUGAAGCCCCGGCUGAGGAGGAAAACAUCUUCCAGCUAUGUAAGCAGUGUCGAAAUGGAGAAAGAAGGACAAGAAGGUGAAGAGACUGAAAAGGCGAAGAAGGGUAACCAAUCCUGGGAAGGUAAUAAUAAUGGUUAUUUUAGUAAGGUAAGCCAAGAUGAGCCCAGUUUUGGUGGUUGGGAUUAUCUUGAUGAAGCAAGUUUCAGAAGAAUGGUGUCUCCAGAGACUAGCAAAACACAGAGAAGAGAGGAGGGAAAGUUGAGUGAGAGCAGAACCAGUGACACACCCUUAUUACUGAGACUGUUGAUUGCUUUUUUCCCAUUGAUAGGUUUUUGGGCUAAGAUGUUUUGGUGAAUUGCAACCAGCAAGUGUACAUGGAAUGUGGAUUCGCUUGGUCUCGCUUCCAAGUUCUUAGGUCAAGUCUCUGAAUUUAUGGGGUUUCCUGUUCCAUUCUUGCUUGAUUGCUUUGCACACCCAAUUGAAUAUCAGAAGUCAAAGUCAACUGUUCUUCAACUUGAGCCUAGCUCAUACAACAUCCUAGUGAGGGAUCAUUUUGAUAUAUUUGAGCCAUGUGUUUUGAAGAUUUUCAAAUCUUCUUUUCACUGGUAUGACAUUUAGAGUCAUGUAUAUUUGUGAUGAUAGGUUAUUUUUCUCUGGACAGUUGAAUAUAUUGGUAAAUCAUAUCUUAAGAUCACCCUUUUAUCUCUUCUUCGGAGAAAAAUGAGGUGAAAUCUUAUUAUUAUUGGAGGGGUCAGUCAAUAUAUUUUGAUUCAGUGAGGCAGUGGCCACAUAUAUCAAACACUUUUGAUUCAUUCUAAUAAUAUCAGCAAUUGUGUUGUA